GUUAGCAGCUUAGUGCUCUGCUGUGGGCUGUUGGAUUUCUGCUUUCUGACUUUCUGUGAGGAAUUUUGACAAUUUAAUGAACCUUUAAGGGUUUUUAUUGUUUUUAAAAUUAUUUGAGGUGGGCUUGUAGUCAGAAGUGCAAAAUUCAGACUCACCUCAUUGUAAUUAAAUCAGAGUUGAUUACAGUAUCAUUACAAAAGAGCUCUAUCUUCCUUAGAAGCAAAAAAUGAAGCUGUUUCUGCUCUGUAUUCUCCUGACUACUGGAUUGAGUACCGCGCUCCGCAGUUCUCUCAACGACUACCAGCGCUCCGAGGGCCGGGAGCUCGUUCCGACCGCCUGGAACGCAGCUCGGAUGCAGAUGUUGCCGGGUUUGAACUUGGAGGAGUGCGCAAGUCGCUGCUCACAAUCUCAGGACUGCAGAGCUUUCAACUACGAGAUUCGUCCUGUUGGCACCUGUAAACAUCUGCCCUGGGUUGCCGACGGAAGCAACGCAGAAGUAAAGAGAAACGUCAACUGUGAUCUUUACGAGAAGAAAGUUUAUGUAAGGAAGUGCAUUGUAGGUAAAGGGGAAGACUACCGGGGGAAAGUUUUCACCACAAAAAGUGGACUCACCUGCCAGCAGUGGUGGUCAAAGUUUCCUCACGAUCACAGAUGGACUCCUUCGCCUACCAACGGUCUGGAGCUGAACUACUGCAGGAACCCGGACGGGGAUCGAAUCGGUCCGUGGUGCUACACCACCGACCCCGAGCGACGCUACGAAAGCUGCAACAUCCCACAGUGCAAAGACGAGGUGUGUAUCACCUGCAACGGAGAAGACUACCGAGGCCAGGUGGAUCACACUGAGAGCGGCAAAGAGUGUCAGAGAUGGGAUCAGCAAUUCCCUCAUCAACACAUCUACCAGCCUGAAAAGUACCCUGACAAGAGCUUAGAUGAUAAUUACUGCCGUAACCCGGACGCCUCUCCGGUGCCGUGGUGUUACACCACCGACACUGAAACAGAGAGAGAGAGCUGCGACAUCAGCAAAUGCACUGAAGUCCUUGUGGAGAAGAGGCAGCGCUCCAGCUUCACCACCAACUGCUUCAGAGGCCGAGGCGAAGACUAUCGUGGCAAAGUCAAUGAGACGGCGUCUGGCAUCCCCUGUCAGCGAUGGGACGUCCAGGUUCCUCAUCGACAUCCAUUCAUCCCAAACAUCUAUGAGUGCAAGGGUCUAGAGGAAAACUACUGUCGUAACCCAGACGGUUCUGAGGCUCCCUGGUGUUUUACGUCAGUGCCAGAGAUGAGGACUGUUCUCUGCCUGCAGAUCAAACGCUGCGCUGAUGACAUAGAGGCCGAGGACUGCUACCAGGAAAAUGGAAAAAACUACAGAGGUGUCGUCCGCAAAACUCGCAAAGGCAUCACCUGUCAGAAAUGGAACGUGAACACACCUCAUCAGACCAGAAUAAACCCACGGACGCACCCGGACGCCAACCUGACGGAGAACUAUUGCCGUAACCCAGACGGGGACCAACACGGGCCCUGGUGCUACACCACUGACCCCAAAACUGAGUUUGACUACUGCGCCAUUAAACAGUGUGCUGGAGAGAAAGUGCCACUGACAGAAACUGUAGAGACGGUGGAGUUCAGCGAGUGCGGGAAGAGAGACGACCGUCCCCAGCCGACCAGGUUGCGUAUCGUGAAUGGAAUCCCUGGGAACUCGCCGUGGACUGUGAGCCUCAGAGACAGGAAAGGAAACCACUUCUGUGGAGGAUCUCUGGUGAAUCCCAGAUGGGUGAUCAGCACAAAGCAGUGCUUCUCCUCCUGCUAUGUGGACCUUCCUGGGUACUCCGCCAUGAUGGGAACUCUUUUCCGUGACCCGCAGGAAGGAGAGCCUAGCAUGCAAACCAUUCCUCUCACCAAGAUCGUGUGUGGACCCUCUGAGUCUCAGCUGGUCAUGCUGCAGCUGGAGUAUCCGGCCCAGUUCAACGAGCGUGUCUCUCAGAUUUGCCUCCCUCCUGAGCGCUACAUAGUGCCCGAGCACACAAAGUGUGAAAUAGCCGGAUGGGGUGAGACGAGAGGGACGGGAGAUGAGACUGUCCUCAAUGUUGCACACGUGCCAGUUAUCAGCAACACUGAAUGCAACAGAUACUUCAGAGGUCGCGUUCGAGAAAAUGAGAUGUGCACAAACUCUUUUCAGGCUGGAGUUGGUGCCUGUGAGAAAGACUACGGCGGCCCUCUGGCGUGUCAGAACGCCGACUGCUGGGUGCUGGAGGGCGUGAUCAUCCCCAUGAGGCGCUGCGGACACCCGGGACAGCCCAACAUUUUCAUUCGCGUGUCUGUGUACGUAGACUGGAUCAAGAAGGUCAUGGAGAUGGCUUAACCAUCUAGGAACUGAGCAAAUGCUUCAACAUUCGCAAGAGAUGGACAUUUUUAUUUUGUUAGAAGUUAAAACUUGUGCUAAUCAAACUGUACAAUUGGGAUUUAUGUCCAAUGUUAUGUAGCUGUGAUGCCACAGUGUUACCAGAAAGGGCUCUUACUGUAAACAUUAACACAGUGUAAUUUGUUGUUUUGUAUCUGCUCUAAGUUCUUUUAUUGCACUGAAACUUGGAGCUAAUUCAUUCUGAAAAUGUUGGUGUUUGCUAACAUUUUUUGCUAUGCUUUACAUUAUGGACUCCUUACAUUUUAAAGGGCCAGUAUUUUCAAGACAUAUAGUGGCGUGUGAUAGCACAAUAAAGUAACUACGUUACUUUCAGUUGUUAUAAAAAUACUGCAUGUAACAAACACAACUUAAAAGAAAUUUUGCUUUCUAAUUUAAGGCCUUGAAAUUGGGCCUCUGUCUCUUUAAGAAGCUCUUGCUCUUUCUGAAACUCCGCCUUCAGGAGGUCAUCAAAACAACGUUCCUCCAUUAACCCUUUAACAACGUUUUACCAGCGUUUCACUCAGACGUUGCUCCUAUAAUGAACUGAGCAGAUGCAGUUCCACUUGGUGAUUGCUAAUUGCUUCUGGCUAGUCUGAAGGAGCUGAGUGUUGCAUCUUGAAACGAGGAGAAGCUGCAAGUAGUAACAUAUUGAUCUGUUUUAAUGCAUUCAAUCCCUCUAACAACAUGUUUACUAACAAAAGUUGCUAUGCAUGUUUUGGAGUAAUUUUGUGACAAAGGGACAGACAAAAGUGUAAAAGGUGAAAUGUUAAAUUUCUAACCACAUUUUAGAAGAACAGAUGAGGCAUUUCUGACUUUCCAAGUUGGAAAUCCAACGUUUUGGUUCAUCCUCUGGGAUUUUUCAGUCCGUCAGAGUUGAAUUUGUGUACAAGUGUAUAAUAUGCUAAUGCGUACAUCUCCAUGAUUAAUUUAAGUACAUCUACAUUCUGACUCCUACUCUAAUAAACUUUCUUCCUGAUAAUAACUACUGUUUUUAAAGUUGUACAAUGUAGCCUCUUGCCAAAUAUGAAAAGAUAAUUAACAAAAAAAAAGGUUUUGAAACAAGAACAGCACAUUGAGCAUGGUAUUGUCUUUUAUUGGGAUUUUGUUUGAUAGAUCAACACAAAGCUUCACACUUGGUUUGUACAAUAUUUUUGCAAACUAAAAUCUAAAAUGUUUGGCUCAAAAUCGUGAAUUAACUUUCACUGCAAUCACAGCUACAAAUCGUUUGAGGUAUUUUUAUCAGCUUUUAAGCAUGAGGACUGAAAUUUGUCCUCGUGCUUCUUUGCAAAAUGGUUGAAGCAGUUUAAAAGAAAACAAGUUUGUGAAUUUUAGGUUUUGAGUAUCGCCACAGAUUGUCAGUUAGAUCUCAGCCAGUUUUACACAUUAAUAUGUUUGUAGCUAAACCAUUUAAUUGUUGCUUUAGUCUGAUGUUAGGCUUAAGAUCAAGAUUGUUGUCUUGCUUGAUGGUGAAGCUCUGCCAGUCUAUUUUAGCAGGUUUUCAUCAAAGAUUUUCUUGUGUUUAUCUCUAUCCAUCCCCAAAGAAAAAUAUCCCCCAGCAUGAUGCUGCCUCCACCAUAUUUCACUGGAGGGAGGGGAUAUCAGUUGUCUACCCGCGCCUUGCAAGAACAAGCUGGUAUGGACAAUGGAUGAAUACAUAUCCACACCAAAAGUUGAAAGCAUGCGUCAUUUUCUUUAGACUUUCUAAUUACCCUUUACAAAAUCCCAAUAAAUUGUGUAAAAAAAAGUUAAAGAGGUGUGAAUACUUUUGCAAAGAACUGUAUCAAAUGAGUUGUUUCCCAUCUGGGUGAGACAAGGAGCACCGCGAGAGAAGAGUUUGGUUUAGAGCAAAGUUUUAAAGAUCCGAACAUUCACCCCCCCUGUAAGUACUCCCAUUACUACAAAACUGUACGCCUCCCCCUGUCUCGCCUUGGCAUUGAGUGGGAGCUCCAAAAUACAUUCUUUGCCCCCAGCCUCUAAAAGAAAUCCCUCCUCUGCCUGUCUUUUGAUGCCUGCCCCCACCUCCAAAGACAUGCCUUUGUGCCUUAUGCAGAACUGUAUGCGCUGCACAUUCUUUCUAGUUCUAUAGGAGGAUUUUUGUAACCCGGUCCUGAUGAGCCCACGGAAUUCAGCUUAAAUAAACCUCAAGAUCAGAGUCCGACCAAAUCUCCGACUGCAGAGGGCCACUGAACUCUGACACGUGGACACUCUACAAAAAAAACAACAAAAAAAAAAACUCCCUGCAGUGUCUUCCUCUUGUUGGUUUUGGCACCAACGUUUUACCUGUGCGUGCGACAUCUUUGUUUUGUUUUUGUUUUUUUCUGCACAAGCAGAAACUAAUAGAGACUGAUUGUGGACGUUGAUGGAUCAUUUUUCUUCACUUUCACUUAGUAAUACAUAAAGAUGAUGACAGGUCCGGUUCAUAAAUGAGUACAAGUUCUCAGCAGCUCUUGCAGAAGCUUCUGGUAACCCUGACUAAAAUGCUGAGAAAAACUGCCACAAAAAUAUGCAAAUGUUUUCCUUGUUACUCUGCUUUUUGCUAUAAUAACUUGAAAAGUAGGUGUAUUAUUAGUGAAUUAAACGCUUUACCGUGUUGGUCUCUGACUGAAUGUAACGUUGUGUAAUAUUGUGGUUUCACUGGAUAUUCAUUCUGGGUAUUUCUGAAUUACAUCAUGAACCUGUCACUGCCGUGGUUCCAACUCAGA